CCAGCGCGAAGCGGAAGCAGGAGGAGAAGCACCUGAAGAUGCUGCGGGACAUGACCGGCCUCCCGCACAACCGCAAGUGCUUCGACUGCGACCAGAGGGGCCCCACCUACGUGAACAUGACGGUCGGCUCCUUCGUCUGUACCUCCUGCUCCGGCAGCCUGCGAGGGUUAAAUCCACCGCACAGGGUGAAGUCUAUCUCCAUGACAACAUUCACACAACAGGAAAUUGAAUUCCUGCAAAAACAUGGAAAUGAAGUCUGUAAACAGAUUUGGCUAGGAUUAUUUGAUGAUAGAUCUUCAGCAAUUCCAGACUUCAGGGAUCCACAAAAAGUGAAAGAGUUCCUACAAGAAAAAUAUGAAAAGAAAAGAUGGUAUGUUCCACCAGAACAAGCCAAAGUGGUGGCGUCAGUUCAUGCAUCUAUUUCAGGGUCCUCGGCCAGUAGCACAAGCAGCACACCUGAGGUCAAACCACUGAAAUCUCUUUUAGGAGAUUCAGCACCAGCACUGCACUUAAAUAAGGGCACACCUAGUCAGUCCCCUGUUGUAGGUCGCUCUCAAGGGCAGCAGCAGGAAAAGAAGCAGUUUGACCUUUUAAGUGAUCUUGGCUCAGAUAUAUUUGCUGCUCCAGCUCCUCAGUCAACAGCUACAGCCAAUUUUGCUAACUUUGCACAUUUCAACAGUCAUGCAGCUCAGAAUUCUGCAAAUGCAGAUUUUGCAAACUUUGAUGCAUUUGGACAGUCUAGUGGUUCGAGUAAUUUUGGAGGUUUCCCCACAGCAAGUCACUCUCCUUUUCAGCCCCAAACUACAGCAUUUAGAAUGCUUUCAUCUAGCUGCAGUUUUGGGGAAUUUACUUCAGCUUUUCCUCUCCAGGCUACCAACAGUGGAAGUGCUGGAUCAGUAAAUGCUAAUUUUGCUCAUUUUGAUAACUUCCCCAAAUCCUCCAGUGCUGAUUUUGGAACCUUCAAUGCUUCCCAGAGUCAUCAAACAGCAUCAGCUGUUAGUAAAGUUUCGACGAAUAAAGCUGGUCUACAGACUGCAGACAAAUACGCAGCACUUGCCAAUUUAGACAAUAUCUUCAGUGCUGGGCAAGGUGGUGAUCAGGGCAGUGGCUUUGGGACCACAGGUAAAGCUCCUGUUGGUUCUGUGGUUUCAGUUCCCAGUCAGUCAAGUGCAUCUUCAGACAAGUAUGCAGCCCUGGCUGAAUUAGACAGCGUUUUCAGCUCUGCAGCCACCUCCAGUAAUGCAUAUACUUCCACAAGUAAUGCUAGCAGCAAUGUUUUUGGAACAGUGCCAGUGGGUGCUUCUGCACAGACACAGCCUGCUUCUUCAAGUGUGCCUGCUCCAUUCGGAGCUACACCUUCCACAAAUCCAUUUGUUGCUGCUGCUGGUCCUUCUGUGGCAUCUUCUACAAAUCCAUUUCAGACCAAUGCCAGAGGAGCAACAGGCCUUUCUGGAGCAAUGCAUUCUCAAGUGUUUCCUCACGCUCAUUUUGCGGCUACCUUUGGCACCGCGUCCAUGAGCAUGCCUGCGGGGUUCGGUACUCCUGCUCCCUAUAGUCUUCCCACCAGCUUUAGUGGCAGCUUCCAGCAGCCUGCCUUCCCAGCCCAAGCAACUUUCCCUCAGCAGACAGCUUUUCCUCAACAGCCCAAUGGUGCAGGUUUUGCAGCAUUUGGACAAACAAAGCCGGUGGUAACUCCUUUUGGUCAAGUUGCAGCUGCAGGAGUAUCUAGUAAUCCUUUUAUGACUGGUGCACCAACAGGACAAUUUCCAACAGGAAGCUCAUCAACCAAUCCUUUCUUAUAGCCUUAUAUAGACACUUUACUGGAACGAACUUUUACGUGGUCACAUUACAUCUCUCCGCCUCUUGCACUGUUGUCUUGUUUCACUGAUCUUAGCUUUAAACACAAGAGACGUCUUUAAAAAGCCUGCAUUGUGUAUUAAACACCAGGUAAUAUGUGCAAAACAGAGGGCUCCAGUAACAACUUUUAACCUGUGAAUUGGCAGAAAAAGGUAGCGGUAUCAUGUAUAUUAAAAAUUGGCUAAUAUUAAGUUAUUGCAGAUACCACAUUCAUUAUGCUGCAGUACUGUACAUAUUUUUCUUAGAAAUUAGCUAUUUGUGCAUAUCAGUAUUUGUAACUUUAACACAUUGUUAUGUGAGAAACGUUACUGGGGAAAUAGAUCAGCCACUUUUAAGGUGCUGUCGUAUAUCUUGGAAUGAAUGAUCUAAAAUCAUUUUAACCAUAUUGCUACUGGAAAGUUACAAAGUCAAAAUUGGAAGGUUUUAUUCAUUCUUGAAUUUUUCCUUUCUAAAGAGCUCUUCUAUUUAUACAUGCCUAAAUUCUUUAAAAAUGUAGAGGGAUACCUGUCUGCAUAAUAAAGCUGAUCAUGUUUUGCUACAGUUUGCAGGUGAAAAAAUAAAUAUUAGAAAAUAUGCUAUUGUUUUUGUGUUCUUGCUGCAAUGCCUUUACCAAAGUGGCCUUAAAUAUGAGUAGUGAAUUGAGAACAUCUUGAAUUCUUAAAUUAGAAUUUCAGAAGACGUUUAGUGACUUUUAUGUCUAAAAGAAGAAAUUUUAUAAAAGGCCAUGUAGAAAAUUUAUUAAAACUACUAUGACUGCUGUAUUCAGGAAUAUGUCAGUGGUAAAGCAUUUAAAUGUAGCUUGUCAGAUUCACCGUAAUCCUUCUAAUUUCUUUGCAACUUCUUAAUUUUGUGAAAAUUUGUAUAUAUGAAGAAUUUGCAUGUGUGUGUAUUUACAAAUUUUUUUAAGUAUCUUGAAUUCUCAGACUGCAAAAGCCCUAUUUUAACUAUUGAUUUUUUUUAAAAAAAACUAUUGUCUUUGAAUGUAUUGGAAGCAGACAUGCAUUAACUGUGACGUGAUUGCACCUCAGUUUUUUGUUUUUUGUUUUUCAUUUGUUUGGACAAGCUGAUAUUAUUAAUAGGACAUUUGUUUAUGUUCAUUUCUGGGGGAAAGAAACUGGAACCCAGUGUUACUCUAAAGUUAUAGAAUACUUUGUUUAAAAAGACAAUACUAAUGUUUAGUUAUAUCUUUUUGUUAAUAUUCAAAUGGACUUGUUUAAAUAUUUAUGUACAGUAAUGCCUCAUUCAUCCAGAGAUAAGCUUUCAGUCUCAUCAAAACAGAACAAACUGAGAAAAUUGGAAUAGUUUUUUUUAACAAAUGCCUUUGAGCAAUGCACAUAGAUCACAAAGUCUGUAAGUUAGAGCUCAUGCAUUUGUUUUUAUGUGAAAUUUUAAUUAUUUGAUUUUCCAGCCCAUAGCAUCUUAGCUGUUCAGAAUGAGGGCUUGAAAGGAACGAGAUAGAACAAAUUACGAAGAGCAUACACUGUCGAAGACCAUUAUCGUAGGGGCAGCCAGGCCAGCCUAGAGGACAUCACUCUGUUAUCAUCUUCUGAUAAUUGUCUAUUACUGUGACUCUGUGUCAUCAAGAAAAGGUGAAAUUACAUAUACAUAUAUGUAAUACAAGUUUGAAAAGUUUUAUCUUAUAAUGAUUAAAAUUUUUUAAAAAGCUUUGGUAUUAAAAGAGGUGAACAUUAGUUUCCUCAAACAUUUUAUUCACGUUGAAUACCUUUUUCAGUGAUGACUACAUGAAUUACCAUACUAUAUUAAAAUCUGUUGUGAUAAUUUAGACUUGUUAAAAUAUUGCUAUCCAUUGCAUAUCUAGCUGAACCGUUUUGAUCAAGAAGACUAGGAAAUCUCUGCCCCUUUUCUGAGUAGUAUGCCUCUUCUCUUAGAAUUAAAUGAAUGCUGCAAAGGUCUAGGUGUGUGUUGGUGUCUACUUGAAAUGUUUCUACAUUUUUGGGUCUCCCUCCAGCCCCAUUUUCACGGAGGGAAUACUUAAGAAAUGUCUUUGAAUUUCUCUGUUUUAGAUUGUAUUGGGUCCCAAUCAAUUCAUAUGUACAAAGUUAUAUAAUUGUAGGCCAUUACCCAAAUAAGCUACCAGGCUUUCCGUCUAAGAAAUAAGUAAAUUAAACAGUUGUUAUUAAAAUAAUUUUAAAGACUAUUUUUUUCUGGGUAAAUCUUGAAGUUUGUAAUUAAAUGGGAACUCCUGUCGACUUACUUUAAAUGAGUGCUUAUAAAAUCAAAAUGCUUAGCUGAAGAAGCAGUCCAGCUAUAAUGUAGAUUUAAAUCAGUUUCUGUUAGACUUUGAUAUUCAGAUAUGCUUCUAGUUCUACGUAGACCAUCAGAAUUAUGUUGAGCCCUGAAGAGGAGAAAGUCCUGGAAGGUGAGAGCUUGAAGACCCUCAUGUGCCCUGGCUGAUUGGUUGAAUCAGAUCUCUCCUCUUCUGUCUUUGCUCAGGAAAGAAAAGUUUCUUUUCUCUUAGGGUGGCAAGCUUUGCUGAUACAGUGAAAAGGCAUGUUUUAUUCUCAUUUUUGUGAAAAUAGAGAUUAGGUAAUCACUUUCUUAAAAUAAUUCCGUCUGUGAAAAUGAAGAAGCGUAUCAGUGCUUUUACCUGAAUUGCGCCUGCUCCCUACACUCGCCUCCGUGCUGUGGUGGCUGUGGGUGGGUAAAAGGGCAGAGGGACUGGCUGCUUCCUACCACAGGGCCAACAGUUCUGCGACAUUUUGGUCUCAGGACCAUACCUCUUAAAUUAUUGAAGAUCCCGAAAGGGCAUUUUUUAUAUAGCGUCUAUCUAUCAGAAUUUUACUGUGUUAGAAAUUGAUACUGAGACAUUUAAAAAGCAUGUUUGUUUAAAUAUAACAUUAAUAAACCCUUUACAUGUUAACAUAAAUACCAUUUUUGAUAAGAAAAAACUGUUUUCCAAAAACAGUUAAUGAAAAGAACGUUGUCUUACAGUUUGCACAAAUCUUCUGGCUCAAUAGAAGCAGUAGGAUUCUCAUACUAUUUUUGCAUUUUGGUUCUUUUUAUAUCGCAUGGCAUGUGUACACUAGAGAACUCUGCUGUGCAUUUGUGAAAUCAUGAGUAAAACCAACAUAUAACUUCUUAGUAUUAUUAUGAAGAUAGUUUUGGCCUUGGGUUUUGGAGACCCUCCAGGGUCCUCUGAGAACCCGUUGAGAAACCCCGCACCGUCCUUUAAAUUUGUAUGUUUCUGGAACAGCAGUGUUUAGUUGUAGGAUAAGCAUACUACUUUAUGCACUUAUAAGUGUUUUGUUUGCUUGGUGUGAAAAAUUGAAAUUCCACUUGAAAUUUCAAACAUUUUAAACAUUGUUUUUGGACUUUUCUUCCUUGUAUUUUUAUUUGAAAGUAAUUUAAUAAUGAUAAGAUUGGUAUCUCCUCUAGAAGGAUAUUGCAAGUUCAGAUUCAUGGUUAUUGGUGUUUAUUUUGGUAUCAUUUACUAUUCUGACCACUUUGAAAUUGUGGAGUUGUUUUGGGGAAGUAUCAAAUAGCUAUUUUAAAAUUUUAAUAGAACACCUUGCUGAAGAAAAGUUCAAACUGAAGACUAGUUUCUUAUCUCUCUUAUGUUUAUAAUUAAUAAAGAAUUUUAGCUUUAUAUAUGCACACACACAUAUAUAUUUUUUAAUGAAAAGUGGCUUCCUCUGACAAAAAUCACUACCCUCCAGGCUAUCAGCUAGUACAAUUAAAGGAAUGUGUUUGCUUCUUAAGAAAAGGUUUGGUAUGGUUUUUUCCCCCAGUGGUUUUUUACACUUUGUCCAUUUUUAAAGAGAGUACUUGCUAUUGCUUCUCAUUUAAACAAAAUAUUUUAAAAUUCUUUUGAAGACAUAGUGACAUUUUAAAAGGUAGUUUACCAUCAGUAGCCUCCACAUGCUCUGGCUUUGGUGCUGCUGCUGUUGGUGUUCUGUCAAAUACGCUUUCAUGAGGUGAUGUUCCAUUUCCAUCCUGAGGUGGGCCCUGUGCCUUGCUUCUUGAGCCGUCUUAAUCCAUAUGUUUGUACUCCUACACUGAGCUCCUGUUCAGAAAGACUCACCUCAUCUUUGGCCUGCACUUCAAGUCUCAGACUUAUAUCAGAAAAUGACUCUAGGGGACCAUUAUGAAGAUGUGUUCUUGUAAAUAGUAAUGACUUCAAAGUAAUAUGGUGGUGGGAUUUUGGGGUGUGGUUUAUUAAGCCCUUUCAGUGUAUCAAAAACUUGCUAAAUGCUUCUCAGAGUAUCUCAUACAAUCCUUAAUGUGGAUUUGUGCUUGAAGGAUGAAAGAAAUAAGGCAUAGAGAGGUUAAGCUAAUGACAGAGCUGCUCUGGGGAGCAAAUAUUUUAUUGUUGGAUUAAAACGCUGUCACAUUUAUGUGUAAGUGGAUUUUUUUUUAAUCUUUCGAAAUUCCAGGAGAGUUACUUUGUAUAUCCUAUAUGCCUAAUAAAACAUAAUCAUUUAA